CCCACUCUCCCCCCGCGGGCCGUGCGCCCCGGCUGGAGGGCGGACGGGAAUAAAGGGCAACUCCGGGCGGGGCGGCGGACGCGCAGCGCGGACACCCGGCCCCGGACCGCGGACCUAGGCACGGCGCGCGGAGCCCCGCCCGUGGCCGAGCAGGAGCGGCGGCCCCGGGGCCCCUGCCGCGCGGGACCAGGUCUGCAGGGACCCCAGUGCCAGAGAUCUUCCCCCACUACUCCAGAUGGGCAGCCUGCCAUGAGAGGGAGGGCCAGCUGAGCACAUCAGGACACCAGGAUUUGGCCAGAAGACCGUUCCUCUCCUCCCAUCAGGACUUUUCAAAGACUGCUCUGCCAUGACCACAGCACGGUGCCGGCCCACCUGGGACCUGGCCCUGGACCCGCUGGUGUCCUGCAAGCUGUGUCUCGGGGAGUACCCAGUGGAGAAGAUGACGACCAUUGCCCAGUGCCAGUGCAUCUUCUGUACCCUGUGCCUGAAACAGUAUGUGGAACUCUUGAUCAAAGAAGGAUUAGAAACUGCAAUUAGCUGCCCUGAUGCUGCCUGCCCCAAACAGGGCCACCUACAGGAGAACGAGAUUGAGUGUAUGGUUGCAGCUGAAAUCAUGCAAAAAUACAAAAAGCUACAAUUUGAAAGAGAGGUGCUCCUGGACCCCUGUCGGACUUGGUGCCCGGCGUCAACCUGCCAGGCUGUGUGCCAGCUCCAGGAGAUGGGGCUGCAGACCCCGCAGCUGGUGCAGUGCAAAGCCUGCGACACGGAAUUCUGCUCCGCCUGCAAAGCCAGCUGGCACCCUGGCCAGGGCUGCCCGGAGACCAUGCCCAUCACCUUCCUUCCCGGGGAGACCAGCAGCUCCACUUUCCAACUGGAGGAGGACGACGCGCCCAUCAAACGCUGCCCCAAGUGCAAGGUCUACAUCGAGCGGGAUGAAGGGUGCGCACAGAUGAUGUGUAAGAACUGCAAGCACGCCUUCUGCUGGUACUGCCUCGAGUCCCUGGACGGCAGAAGAACAUACAGACCCUCUGCCGUCUGGCAGGAUGGCAGUUUCUGGCCUCAUACAGCCACCGUCUCCCCAGUGUGCCCUGCGCUGUCUCUGCUGUUUGGAAUGAUGUCUGAAGCCUUAAAAAGUCCUUAGGGCCGUCAGAGGCUUUAUGUGUAUAGUUUCUUUAUUUAUCAUAUAUACAAUUAUAUAUAUAGUCCAAAUAUAUAGUCUCUAUAUAUCAUAUAUAGGCUAUAUAUAGUCUCCCUGUAUUAUACAUAAUAUAAAUAUAUAUGUAAGUUGCAUUUUACUGUAUUUCUUUUUUUUGAAAACUGAUUAUUAAAUUAUGUUAUAUUAUCUAAAGUCUGGCCUGCAAUUUGCAAUUCCUUAUCAACUUUUCCUAAAGGGGGAAGGAAAUGAAAUGCCAGUUUUACCUCAUGUUAUCAAAUCUCCUGGUAGAUUUUUUGGGGGAAGUAUUAGAAAUGGACAGACACAGAUUUCCAGAGGGAGCAUUGCUUCUGCUGUGACCUCCCCUGCUACUGUGACCUCCCCGAGGUCUGUCCCCUUUGAGCCCAAAGCUGUUCUCUCUCUGCUCUGGUCUCUGGAGAGACACCCUCUCUGUCCGUCUGUGUGUCCAUCUGACUUGGCUCUAAAGCACAGUCCCUGCCGGCCAGAGGCCCCGUUGUGUCCUGACUCUGCCCGGACCAGAGACAGAGGUAGCACAGGGCAAUUUCCUCCUUGAAGGUCAGUGUCCUUGGGGCCAAGGGUGGCCUGUUUUCCUCUGUAGGUGAUGAGCUGCUGAAAAGUGACCCUGUGACCACAGAAAACAGACCCUGAGGGACAGGGGGUCUGCUCUGUAGCGGUCAGUCAAGGACAGUAGCCGUGAUUUAGGGCAAGUGUGUGAACGUGUGUCUGGAAGCAGCAGAGCUUCUGAGACGGAGGAGGGGCUUACACGGCCCCCUUCCCUCCUCUCGGGAAUUUUCCUCUCCGAGCACCGGCUCCCGGGCACGUACACCUCCCGGAGUUAUCAGUCAUCUUAGGGUGAUUCUUUCCACUCUCGUCCUUGCCCCUGCCCCCCCGCCAGGCCCCGCCCUCACCCGUGAGGCCCAGGACUGCACUGCUUCUUUGCUGCCCCUGCGGGCCCAACAUUCACCGCUUACAGACAGAAGGGACCCGCUCGCCUUCUAUCGUUUUUGGAGUUGGUGGUAAAUGGUCCCUAUUUAUGAAGUGAUGCUUACGUGGGCUGAAGGUUAGCCUAUCUGUGACUUGCGCUGCACAGCCCUGUUGUUUCAUACGGGCACUCCUUCUGUGAGAGGCGGAAUGAUUGUUUCCUGACCUUAAGAAGCAGUCCAGGAAGGUUAACCAUCUUUCCCCAAAGCACCGAAGGAGUGAGGAACGGACUCGGCAUCCACUCUCUGAUCUUUCAGACCCUAAGACCCAACAGCUUGGGUACGACCAGUCACUGUCAGCCAGAGUAGGACAGGAAGUCUCACACCUUCCGUGGUGGAGCUGCUCUGAGGAAUUCACUGUUAUCUGCGAGCAUCUGGUCCACCGUGCUCUCUUUCGCCAGCACCAUUGUUUCUGCUUCCACCCAGAAGCUUGAUGAGGCUUCUCUGAACAAUGUAAGGGAAACAUUCACUCUCACCAUGCACCUAGGUUCCUGGCAGGCCCUGCGGUGGGUAUACCCAAGGGCUUCAUCCAGGAACUUAAAGUCACGAUGAAAUCACUUUUAUAUUGUAAAAGCAACUUGGAGUGCUUUUGUUAGGGAGAAGGCUUUUGUUUUGCUCAGGAAGCAUGCCGUGAGUGUUGGCAACUCAACUCCGCAUGGAGGCCUGGGCUGCCAGGAUGCCGCUGGCAAAAUCCGUGACCUUGAGGGGCUGGUGACCUCCCGACUGAGAAGCCCCUAGUAGCACCUGGUCCUCGUGAGCACAGUGCUACAGGACGGCUGGUGUGGAGUCCCCAGCAGCCCCUCCGGGGUGGGUCACUGGGUCUGGGGUGGGAGUGGGGUGUGGGCACAGCUAUGGAGUUAGCUGACCAGGCAGAGGGCAGAAUGUGGGAGACGGGUCACCUCCAGAGGACAGGACGUGGUCAGGAAGGAUGUGGGCUGUACGUGGUCUGUGUCUGGCCAAGGCGGGGAACAUGACCAGGGGCUCCGUGCCGAGCUAGAGCUGGACCUCUGGCACGGGGGCUCGUGCCCCCCAAACACUGGUCCAACAGCAGCUUGAUGAGGGCCACGUGGGGCAUCUGUGACCUGCGUACACCCCCACCCCCCGACCCAGAGUCAGGAUCCGCGUUUCCCCAGGCGGCCCCAGGGACUGUAACGUGCAGUCCCCGGGUUUGUCCAGCUUUGCCAGGCGAGAGCCCUGAAGACUUUUCAGCUGGGUCACGCAGAGCAGCUCAGCUUGUGUUUCAGAAAACAAAUCCAAAGGCUGUUAGGAGUCCACAGAGCAAGGCCGUGAGAGGCAGCCUGGGAAAAUGAGGCUUAAAGUGGGACGUUACUCUCCGUGGUGUGUGGGUGAAAGAAAACAGAAUUAGGAGUUCGAGGAACAGAGAGUCUCCGUGGACAGAAGUCAUCAGAAAUGGCCCCAGAGAGGACAAGCUCCAGCCAGAAGAGGCGUGCGUUCACCCGCGCCUGUGCUUCCUUGGACAGAUGAGGGUCUAGGACAGGGGGUGAGUCGGGGGGUGACAGUCUGGGCCCUCGCCACAACCCCCAGAAAGCCAGGAUUUCCUGAUGCUCCAGCGUGUGUUCAGGCUCCACGAGGCCGACCUAUAAAAUCAUCAGACUGGAGGCUCCCUGGGAGGACCACCCAGCGGGGCCGCUAAGGACCAAAGGACACCACCGCCCCCGGCUCUGCCCGGCCCUCGGAGGAGUGACUUCCCGCCUCAGACACGCUGGGCCUUGUGCUUAUUUCCCCUUUUCUCAGAAAGAGGCUCUGUUUACAGGCUCAGUUAAGUGAACACACAGCGUCAGCCUCUCUCUUGUGCUGUUUACUGAGCUGGUCCUUUUCAUGGACGAUAGGAGAGAAAAUGGCGCCUCCUGUACAUGGAGAAGCAGAGGGCUUUGUCCAGAAAACGCACUCCUGUUCCUCGGUCGCUGCUCGCUGAGGUUUGGGGGCCGCGCACCGAGCCGGGGAUGUGGUGAGAGAGGCUGACAUCAGCUCAGGGUCCCGUUCCAAGAACCUGACGGUCUGGUGAAGGUUGUCAGGGGAAGGUGAUUGGAGAUGGAGGUGGGACGUGAGGACACCUGGAGGUGGUAGGGUGGGCAGGAUGUUCCCUCGAGCUGUCUCUCACUUCUAGACAGUCCGAGGUGGAGGGUGGGUCUCCUCUUGAGUACUGAGAACAUUUUCUUGGUCUGAGCUGAGAGGAAGGACUUUCAGGGCGAGGAGGAUGGACCAGACAUAAAGGAAGUCAUUGCAUCCCGGAAUAAUCCUGCCAGGGUGGCGGGAAGAUGCACAAGCAGAGACUCGUGGGGAGUAAAGCACAGCCAGGGCUGGGGGCAGCUCGUGGAGCAGCAGGGGCCUCUGACCUACUUGUACAGAAGUCCUGCAUCAGCACAGAGUCCCUGAGCCCGGCGGGGGUGGGGGUGGGGGAGCCAGGCUGCAGCAGAGACCGAAGCUGGAGCAGGGCUCCCUCUAGUGGCCCGUGAGCAGUCUGUCGGGGACGCUCCACGGAGGAUGGAGAGCCCGGGGACUCACAGGGACCUGGGGUGGCAGCAGCUCCCUCUGGGUGUACGUUCUUCCUGUGCUGUUGUCCUCGUUCUCUCACAUCCCCAAUUAGAGCUUUAAAAAAAGAAACUGGGACCAGGCAGGACUCAUUCACUGAACAGAGAGGACUGUCCCACCCACCCCUGUUUUUUCCUUUCCU